CAUAAUUCAGUUAAAAGAGGCAACUGUGGAAGUGACAUGAUCACAAGGAUGUCAUGCUUUCACAGUAGCCAGAAAUAGAAAACUAGAGUCAUCAGGGCUGCCUUGACCUGUGAUUUCAGAGGGUGAAGUGGAGAGAAAAGUGAUAUCAGGAACUGUUCAAACAAUGAAGAAUAAGGACACAGCAGUGCUUACUUUGAAAAAAAAAAAAAAAAACACACCACACCCUCCACCUCCUUUCGCUCCUUCCAUUACUCCUCCCAUCUCACACCAGCCGAUCCCAAUCACCAUGCAACUCUUGUUGUCAUAGUCUCUUCACUACUGUCAUUAUCAGGGUCACACACUUCCUUCACAUCUGUCUCUGUUUCACUGGCUGAGGUGAAUGCAAAUACUCUAAGAGAGCUGGCGUCAGCGGAGAUGUUGGCAGGUGUCUUAGUUCUGGGCACCAUCCUCGCAUUUUUACCAGGUACACAGAGCAGGUGGAGUGUGUCAUUUUCUAGAAAGGGGAUCUGUGUGUGGGCAGGAACGACAGUCACUCUGCCCUGCCGUUAUGACUAUCCAUCAGGUCAUACUGUGAAGCGAGUCAUGUGGUUUCGUGUGUCUGCUGAGGGUCACAGGGAGUUCGCCCACCACACCGACCCCAACCAGAUCAGCCUGUCAUACCGCGGACGCACACGCUACAUCGGGGGAAGCUAUUCCAGCUGUUCGGUCCAGAUUCGGGGUGUGAAGCUGAGCGAUGCGGGCCAGUAUCACUUCAGGUUUGAGACAGACCAGCCGCUGGGGAGAUGGACGUCCCCUGACACUGUUAAACUGGAUGUUACUGACCUCCAGGUCCAGGUCCAUCCAGCCAGGCCUGCCAACAUGUAUGGGUUUGGAGAGACAGUCUACGUAGGCUGUCAGGCCAGAGGAUGUGGUGCACCAGGAAGGAGCCUUGCACUCUACAGGAAUGGACUAAACCUUGGCUCCUAUGAGAAAUGGAUGAUUAUUAACCGCUUUGACCAGCAGCAUGCUGGAGUGUACACCUGCCGACCGAUUCCACCACAGAAUGUGCACUCACCAUCGCUUCCUCUUACUCUGGGACACAGUCCUCGCUCCACCUCCAUAACAGCUUUUCCUGUAGGGGAGGUGUCAGAGGGAGGGUCUGUCACUUUGACCUGCAGCAGUGAGGCAGCUCCACCUGUAGAGAGCUAUGCAUGGUUCAAAGACAUGGAGAGUGGUAGCAUCCCAGACAGCUUUAGUCCUCAGCUCCACAUGUCCUUCCUCAAAUACUCAGACAAAGGAGAGUAUUACUGUGUGGCACGCAACUCACUGGGAACAGAUCGCUCCAGAUCACUUCUACUCAAUGUCACUUACUCACCGAAGAACACGCAUGUGUUGGUGAGUCCUCAAAGAGAUAUCAGAGAAGGCUCAUAUGCGAGUCUGAACUGUGCCAGCUACUCCAACCCUCCACCCAGCAGGUAUGUUUGGUACCGUAUCCUUGGUGACCAGGUGACAACUGCAGGUAAUUUUCAGAACCUGACUUUCUUGUCUGUUCGUGCUCACCACACUGGUCAGUACUACUGCAUCGCAUCAAACCGACUCGGUUCUCAAACCUCCCCUGUUGCUACCCUCACUGUGCUCUAUCCUCCUAAGAACACUUCAGUUCUGGCUCGUCCCUCUACUGUGGUGGACGCCGGUCGACCUUUGACUCUAACCUGCAGCAGUCAGGCCUACCCAGCAGUGGACAACUUCACCUGGCACCGUUUAGCUCUGGACGGGGGUUCUGUACAAUCAUGGAGCACCAAAUCUGGUCCUGUUUUCACCUUCUCUGAAGUUGGCCCCGGUGAAAGUGGUCAGUAUUACUGUGAGGCCAGGAAUCGAAUUGGAGCCCACAGCUCCCCGGUCCUCACUGUUAGAGUCAGAGGUCGCCUAAAGGUUAUCGCCUUGGCAUCAGCAGUGGGCGUGUCUGCUGGACUCAUCACACUCACUGUGGCCAUAAUGAUCAGUAAGAACAUGCACAGAGUAGACACAGAGUCAGUAGACAAUGCAAAAAAGCAUCCAAUGCUGACAACUGACACCAUGUUCUAUGAGUCAGCUGAACAAACUCCCCCAUCUAGAAAGGGCAAGAUGUCCGACAUACCUGAGGAGCCAGAGGAUUUAAGUGACAGCUCUCAUCCUACCAUCGUUCCUUUGAUGGAUGCACCACCAAUCACAGAAGCAGAGAGUCGCAGCCUUGCUUCCAACUACAUCACUGUCCACUACUCCAGAUUGGCCAGUACAGAUCAGGUGCAGGUGCACAGUCUGCCACUGAGUAGUGAGAAAAAACCAAAGGAUUCUUCAAAAGUUGUUUACACUCUACUGCCCCAACCGCGAUGCUAACCAGGAGGAAAUGGCCUCAUCUGGAGCCAUUCUCAUACGAACAAGUCACCUUGCUUCCGUCUCCCUGUGGCAUACCUAUCCAUGUGAAUCCUGACAACAUUUGCGCUCAGACAGAUUCUCUCUUCAGGCAGCAUGAAUUGUGUUGCAUGUCUUCCCAUUAUCUUUUGAUGCAUCCAACUACGCCAUAAUGCCUGAUGAAGUACAAUGCUUGAAAAACUCAAGA